UCCCUACCUUUACGACUGUUGCUCCGCCCAAGGCUUGGCCAGCUCGCUGUCAUGGCAACAGAGAAGCGGACUUUGUCAGCUGCAGCCCGGGAGGAAGCAGUGUAACGGGAGCUUCGCCAUCCAGCCGACUUCUAUAUUUCUAUUAACUGCUCCGGUUGCGCAAAGCUUCUAUCUUUUUCAUGUGCGCCGCUCUUUUCCUCUUGUUCGCGUGCCCCCUUCUUUUUCUGGGUCCUCGUGUCCUACACAAGCAGCCUCGCCCCGGUACCGCCGGACAAAAUACUGCACAGAAUGCAAAACCUGCAAGUGGCACCUGUUAGCCGAAGCAGAAUUAUCUCCCACAUGCCAAAGCCUUACAGCCCUGAAUCCUGCCAUCAGUACCAGACGCAGUUUGAUGCAGGGGUGCGGGCCUCCUGCCAACAGCGCGGUGCUGGGGCUAUUGGACUGAAGAUGUCAAAGGCAGUAAUGGUGGGCGAUCUGUAUGUUGGGAAGACCAGUUUAAUCAACAGAUUCUGCAAGAAUGUAUUUGAUCGAGAUUAUAAGGCAACAAUUGGAGUUGAUUUUGAAAUUGAACGUUUUGAGAUCUUGGGCAUCCCAUUUAACUUCCAGAUAUGGGACACAGCUGGCCAGGAGAAGUUUAAAUGCAUUGCGUCUGCAUAUUACAGAGGAGCACAGGUGAUUAUCACUGCAUUUGAUCUCGGUGACAUCAACACCCUAGAAAACACCAGGCGCUGGGUACAAGAUGCUCUUAAAGAGAACGAGCCAGACACUUGUUCCAUCUUCCUGGUUGGGACCAAAAAAGACACAUUGUCUGAGGCAGAAUUGGAGAGAACUGAACAAGACGCUAUAAGACUUGCAGUAGAGUUACAGGCUGAGUACUGGUCUGUAUCAGCAAAAACAGGGGAGAAUGUGAAGGAUUUCUUUUUCCGAGUUGCAUCUUUGGCCUUUGAACAGUCCAUGAAAAAGGAGCUGGAAAAGAACCGAGGUAGCACAGCUCAAAUUGGAGCAGGGAACUUUAUACAACUGGAUGGGAAUUUGUCAGACAAAAAGGAGAACGAGCCGCAGCUUAACAUGAACUGCUGUUAGAUCCAGGUAGAGGCUUUGAAGAGCACAUCACCAUUACAGCUACUUGCAAAAGCCCUGUGGAGGCAACAAACCACUGUCUGUAUAAGAACUAGGGCAAGCCUCUGGGAUAAAUUGUUUUUACCUAGAAUAAUGUCUCACUGCCUAAUGCAUUACACUGACAAUACCCUGCAUGAACUCUUCCCUGGACAUCCAGAUGCUUAAAUGACAUUUUUAUUAUUUGGAUAUUUAGUCUAUGCAAUAGGAAGAUUGCAGUGUAUUUAACAUGGCACAACAAUGUAAUUUGUAAAGUGAAACACAAUAGUGACUCAACCAGAUUUUAGUUUCACAAUACAGACCAAAAUCAAAUGAUAUUUAUAUGCACCACGCCACAUAAACUCAGACAAUGCCAUUGUAUUGUGACAGUGGUUGUUAUCAUGUUUUAGGCCUAAUUAAGUUCGCUUAUUCCUGUCGUCCCCCAAAUCCAGGCCCAGUUUUAUGUUUGCCUCAAAAUGGUUCAAUCAUUGAUACAUUCAUUAGAACACCGGAAGAAAUGUAUUUUAAUCCCUGGAAGUCUGGAGCACUGGAGCCUGCUUAGCAAAUGCUUCCUAUAACUAUAAUGUGUGGAUUUUGAGCUUUCUUGCUGGUUUAGUUAAUUUGUAACUUAAAAUCCCCUUUGGACACAAACAGCACAUCUUUGGUAUCAAUAACUCGUAUUUCUGGUAUUAUGGGAUUCGGGGAAAUUAUGUUACUUUGUGGGUAAAAACAUGACAGAUUGUAUAUGAAUCUUCCACCUCACACUUGCUUCAUAAAGGAGCCCUUAUAUGUAAAGGGUAUUCUUUGUAAUUGUAUUAUCUUUAUUAAAGUGUCAGUAUGCCUUUA